AUGGGAGACCGUAACAGAAAACCACAAGUACCUAAAGGCUGGGUGGCUGUAUGGGAUGAGAAAUAUAACGAAUGGUUUUACGUCGACGAAUCCACCGGCAAAUCACAAUGGGAAGCACCACCAGGUACCACCUUUCCUCCAGAUAACAAUCCUCCUGCUUAUGAUAGACCAGGCGCCCCACCAACUCAAAGCCAGCGGGGUUUUCAACAACAACCAUACGUACAACAACCAUACGUACAACAACCAUACGUACAACAACCAUACGUACAACAACCAUACGUACAACAACCAUACGUACAACAACCCUACAUGCAACAACCAUAUACAGUGCAACAACCCCAGAAAUCUAGUAAAUCUGGGAUGGGUGGCAUGCUAGGUGGUGCAGCGCUGGGUGCCAUGGGGGGUCUUUUGUUGGGAGAAGCCUUAGAUAAUGAUCAUUAUACGGAGAAUGUUUAUAUUGACAAUAGCGGGGGUGACUUUGACGGAGGAAACUUUGACGGAGGCGGCUUUGACGGAGGUGAUUGGUGA